UGUCGCCCAAAUACAACAAACGAUAAACAAGAAGACUCCGGUAAACAUUGAGAUGACAGAAAAUUUACCUGGAAAAACAUAUUGGAUCGCAUUAAAACCGGAAUAUAUAACAGAUGGUGAUGGUGAAAGUGGGAGCGGUGAGCUGGUGAUGAGGUCGGUGGUGCUUCACCCAGGCUGCGACUCACACUUUGUACAGCAGUAUGUUCGGGAUGCAUUCAAUUUGAACGAGGACAAUCUCGUACUGAAGUUAAGGAAUACAAGAGGAUGCCUCGUGCCUAUCAAUAGUGAAAUUACACCCAAUGAAAAAAGCAGUCCCUACAUUCUUGAAGUUUGCAACACAUAUCAACAUAUCAAACCUAUACCCCGGACCCUGCAGACAUCCAACUAUAAUCAUACACUGCAUAAUAAGCUACAGAACCUCCUGACUCGGGUACAGAGACUGGAGCAGGUGGCACCAGAACUGAGAAACAUUAGAAAUAACAAUCUUACAGAGGAGAUGCAAGAGCUGGAGCGGAAGCUGGAUUUCUUGAAUAGUCGUAUGCGGCAGGCUGACUCUAGCAAGUGGAAGGGGAUGUUCAAGCGCAACCCCCUCUGGUGACACAAGCCAGAGAUGCACACUACAAACUCCAACCCCCUCUGGUGACACAUCCCAGAAACAUGCAUCCAACUGCGACCCCCUCCCCUUCCUCUGGUGACACAAGCCAGAAACACCUGGCUCCAACUGCAACCCCCUGUGGUGACGUAAGCCAGAAACACGUGUCCAAGCGCGACCCCUCUUCUGGUGACAUAAACCAGAAGCGCACAUCCAACUGUGCUUGCCCCAUCUGGUGACACGAUCCAGAAAUAUAUGUCCCCAAAUUCUACUUCCUCUGGUGGUAAAAGCCAGAAGCAUGCAUGCCCUACUGCGACCCCUCCUGGUGACGAGAGCUCAAAUUAGCAUGGCCAACCACACCCUCUUCUCAAACAAAGAACCAGAAUCAACCACAUUUAAGGGGAACCAAGGCACACAAGAUGUACUGUCGCUGAAGAGAUGUGUGGUGAUAUCACGUAUGAUCCGUAUGUCCAUCUGCAACCCCCUCUGGUGACGCAAGCUCGAAUUGGAUAUUGGUAGGAGUGUUAGUCUCAGCUGGAGCCAAUGACAUCCAACUGCGACUGGCCAAGCUAGCAAGAGCUGGAACAGUCAUGGCUCGCGGCUACCUCGUUUCGUGACACGUCUAUAGUCAUCUGUCGGUAACCUUUAGCUCGCAUUUUCGUAAUUUAUUCCGACAGCAAAAUCCUAAUUGUCAUCCAUGAAGUCAUACAUCCAUUUUCUUUGAUAGCAUAAUAGGGAUAUAUAAUUAUAUUUGAAUGAAGUCUUAGAGUGAAGAAGUUGGAGAUGUAAACGUGAGACGUUAAUUUUGUGAUGGUAGUUAGUUUUAAGGCAUGAUGAAAUUGAUGUACUGAUGUGUUAAAAUAUUUUCAUCUCUUGUUCACUUCCAUACUUAUUUCGGUAUAAAAAGUGCAAUAUAGCUAUAAAAAAUAUUAUUUACAAUCAUGAAUUCCUGAAAUUAUAUGUAAUUUAUUGUUCGUGACGUCAUAAAAAAAUUACUGUUGUGGGAAUAUUUGUGUGUAUAUAUAAGUAAAAUUAAAUUUCCACUGUUAGUCACUUCAGUAAA